AUGGAGAGAAAGCCUCUCGAAGUUGAGUCGACGGAUCACCACCAAAAACCUUCCUCCGCCGUGUACGGUGGCCCUGUUACGGCGGUUGAUUUUGUCGAUGAUGAUGUUGAGGACACGAAAGUCGUUUAUAGAGGCUGGAAAGUCAUGCCUUUUAUCAUUGGAAAUGAAACAUUUGAGAAGCUUGGAAUCAUUGGAACACUAUCAAACCUUCUGAUUUAUUUCACUCAAGUCUUCAACAUGAAGAGUAUCACAGCUGCAACAAUCAUCAAUGCCUUCGGUGGCACAACCAACUUCGGAACAUUCGUUGCUGCUUUCCUCUGCGACACUUACUUCGGUCGUUUCAAGACACUAACCUUCGCUGUCAUCGCCUGUUUUCUUGGAUCAUUUGUGAUACUAAUGACAUCUGCAGUGCCACAACUGCAUCCAACUCCAUGCGGAAACAAAAGCUCAUGUACCCCGGCAAGUGGAGGACAGCUCGCGUUUCUUGCGAUGGGUCUAGGGCUUCUUGUAGUUGGAGCUGGAGGGAUCAGACCGUGUAAUUUGGCUUUUGGUGCUGAUCAGUUUAAUCCAAAGACUGAGUCAGGGAAAAAAGGGAUUGAUAGUUUCUUCAACUGGUACUUCUUCACCUUCACCUUCGCGCAGAUCAUCUCGCUGACACUCAUCGUCUACGUCCAGUCUAACGUCAGUUGGACCAUCGGUUUAUCCAUCCCGGUGGUUCUCAUGUUCUUGGCCUGCUUGAUUUUCUUCGCCGGCAACAAGUUGUAUGUCAAAGUCAAAGCCUCCGGUAGCCCAAUGGCCGGUAUAGCUCAAGUCAUCACGGUUGCGAUCAAGAAACGUGGUUUAAAGCCAGCCAAACAGCCUUGGCUUAGCCUCUACAAUUACUACCCUCCAAAAUACGCCAACUCCAAGCUCAAAUACACUGACCAAUUCAGAUUUCUUGAUAAAGCUGCGAUCUUGUCCCCAGAAGACAAGUUGGAAGGUGAUGGUAAGCCUGCGGAUCCAUGGAAGCUGUGUACAAUGCAACAAGUUGAAGAAGUCAAGUGCAUAGUGAGAGUGCUCCCUAUAUGGGUUGCUGCAGCGAUUUACUACUUAACCAUUCUACAAACGACUUAUCCCGUCUUCCAAGCAGUCCAGAGCGAUCGUCGCUUAGGCUCGGGCGGUUUCGUGAUUCCCGCAGCCACCUAUGUUGUCUUCGUGAUGACAGGAAUGACUGUCUCCAUCGUCAUCUACGACCGUGUCCUCGUACCUACCUUGAGAAGGAUAACCGGUCUAGACACCGGUAUAACUCUCUUGCAGAGGAUUGGAACCGGGUUUUUCAUCGCCAUCGCGAGCUUCGUAGUGUCCGGUUUCGUCGAGGAGAGGAGGAGAACGUUCGCUCUGAGUAAUCCGCUCGGUAUGGCGCCACGCAAGGGAGACAUCUCUUCAAUGUCAGCUAUGUGGCUUGUCCCGCAGCUCACACUAAACGGUGUAGCAGACGCGUUUGCAGCCAUUGGACUGAUGGAGUUUUACUACAAGCAGUUCCCCGAGAACAUGAGGAGUUUCGCUGGUUCCAUCUACUAUGUUGGAGUAGGAGUCUCUGGUUAUCUUGCAAACUUCUUGAUUGCAAUUGUUCACGGUAUGACGCAGAACUCCAAGACCGGGAAUUGGUUAGCUGAGGAUUUGAACAAAGGAAGACUGGAUCUCUUCUAUUUCAUGGUCGCUGGAAUCAUGGUUGUUAAUUUUGCUUACUUCUUGCUCAUGGCAAGAUGGUAUAGGUACAAAGGAAGUGAUGAUGAGGUGGUGACUUCUCAUCAAACCAAUGAAGACAAGAGCACUGCCUGA